GAGGAGGGGCGGCGAGCAGACGGCGCCAUGGGGUGGACAGUGCCUCUCCUGCUUGCUUUGGUCCUCGUGGGUCAACCCCAAGGCAGAAUCGGAGCCCAUCCCAUCACUGGGGAGGAACUCGCCGACUUCAAGGAUCUUCUGGAGCGACUGGAGGACAAACUGGAGCCUGGAGUGAGGGACGUGGGGCCUGGCCAAGUCUUCGACGAACCGGCCGAUGAGAUGGUGGAGAACGCCUCCGAAACGAGCCCUUCCUGGGAAGACGGGCACGUGCCGCCACAGAGGGAGGGCGGCUACGGUGCCCGGCUGCGCCCAGAAGCUCUGCCGGCCGCCACAAGAGACAAGCUGAGGGCCCUUUCGACCUUCCCGCGUGGUAUCCAGCGGUUCUCCAACUGCUUCGGCCAACGGCUGGACAGGAUAGGGGCGAUAAGCGGGAUGGGCUGCGGCAGGCGGAGGAACUGAAGCAAAGCUCGAUGCAGCAGCGGCCGCCAGCUUUCCCAAGGAGCCGCCAAGGCCUCCGGAGGCCCUUCUGGAGGAGGAAGGCACCAGCUUCACCAGCCUGCCGAGGAGUCCUGCAGUUUUGCUCUCCGCUAUCUUGCAGGGCCGUGAGGAUCAAGGGAGCUGCUGGAAACAUCCAUUGCACAGGGGCCGGGGGGGGGGGAAUCUGCGACCCCCUCCCUUUCUAAGUGAAUGUAAGAGCAGAGCUUAAAUAAAGCG